CCAUUCGCUCGAACCGGGGGAGCCUGUUGACUUCUACGGUCUAUCUCGAAGUCACAGACGCCGCGUCGCCGCGAAGCGCAUCCAUUCGUCGCCGCAGCACGCCGGCGGCCGGCGGGCAGGUUGCUUCGAUGGGCUCUCCUACGCGGGUUCGGAGGACGACCGGUUUCACUCUCCUCCUGGUGCUUCUGUUCCUCUCGCCGCCCGUGUCAGCUGGACAACCAAAAGGUGUGUGUGUUUCACCAGGUGGACGGUUCCCUGCCUUUUCAUCUGAAGGCAAGCCUCCUGGAAGAGCACCCAAGGGGCGCAGAGAUCUAGCACUGUGUAGGAUAUUCCGUCAGAAAACAUGUUGCGAUGUGAUGCAGACAUUUCCUGCUCUGGUCUCAGUAAGAAACCUUGCAUUGGCUGGUGAAGGCAGUCAAGAAUGUAUUCAUUUGUGGGAAUUGCUUGAGUGCUCAAUAUGCGAUCCACGAGUGGGUAUCAGGCCUGGACCUCCUGUUGUAUGUGCAUCAUUCUGUGAUAUGGUCUUCAAAGCUUGUUCAGAGUCGUACUUCUCUAUAGAUACGAAAACACAGGCCUUGUCUCCUUGUGGUUUAGAUGACAUCCUUUGUGGCAAAACACAUAAAUGGGUCUCUAACGGCACAGAGUUGUGCCGUCUUGCUGGUUUCUCUGUUCAAAUUUCUGAGACCAGCUCUGGUGGAGUUGGUCACACUUUCUGCUAUGGUGGGAAAGCAAGUUUGGAUUCCAUCUCUGAUUCAUGGACUUCUUCAAAAGACCGUCCAACAUUAAGUGGUGUGGCUUCAUGGGACGUUCAAGAUUUUCAGAGAUGGGCACGAGAAAUGCCUAUCGGUGAAAGAGUUUCGUGGGCGAUUGGAGGAAUGGUUCUCACAGCUGGCCUUAUUUUUAUCAGCAAAAGAAAGAGCUACAGCCAUCACCAGAAGCAAGCUGCUAUUGCUCGCAAUAUGAGAUUGAGAAGGCUGGAUUCUAGAGCCAACCCACAACAAACAAAGCGGAGCUAGGAAGGCAUAGGCAACUUAGUGUUACUCAUAGAGGAUUCUUGGACUUGUGCUUCUACUUUUGUGGAUCGGUAUAAUCAACAACUGUGAACAAUAGAUUGUACUGUGUGUGAGUCCAUCUUGUUGCUUAGAUGCACCAGCUACGACCUCCGUGUCAUCCUUGUGUGGAAGAAGAGUUCUAUAAGUUGUCACUGAGUAUUCCUGGAAUGCAGAACUUAUGGGCU